AUGACACAGACCACUUCUCUCCAGUACGAGGCUCCCUGGCCUGUAUAUGCUCUCGACUGGUGCAAGUCCCCCGCGCCCGGACAGUCACUACGCCCCCGCUCUGCGUUUCGCCUCGGCAUCGCCUCGCUCACGGAUGACUACCGGAAUCGGAUCGCCAUCGUCGGGCUCCAAGACGAGCGGGUACUCGUCGAAGACGACUACACCGAGUAUCCUGACUUCGUCACCCUUGUCGAGGCGCAACACGGCUAUCCCGCUACGCGGCUUCAAUGGCAACCCUCGACCGCGAACAGUUUUGCAUGGAGUCAGAAGUCGGCAAACGCGGAGCUCCUCGCCACCACGGGCGAUGCUCUCAGGGUGUGGGAGUACUCGAGCGAUGGGACGGGGAAUGUCAGUGCGUAUGUCGGUCGGCAAGGGAGCGGCGGCGGGCACAAGUUGACACUCAAGACGGCGCUUUCUGGGCAAAGCAAAGUCCAAAAUAACAACACUGGCGCACCAUUAACGAGCUUCUCAUGGAACGAGAAGUCGCCUAGUCUAGUAGUCACCUCCUCGAUCGACACGACUUGCACAGUGUGGAACAUCGACACCUCUACAGCAAUCACCCAACUCAUCGCCCACGACCGUGAGGUCUACGACGUCGCAUGGCUGCCUGGUUCGACCGACAUCUUCGUCUCCGUCGGCGCCGACGGCUCGCUUCGGGCAUUUGACCUGCGCAGUCUGGAGCACUCCACCAUUCUCUACGAGACCCCGGCGCCGAAGAACAUGCCUCCACCGACGACCACGCCGUCCUCGACCGCCCGUCCCCCUACCUCCCCUCUCCUCAGGAUAGCCUUCAAUCCUGCCGACUCGAACUACAUGUCCACAUUCCACAUGGACGGCACGGAGAUCCAAAUUCUGGACAUGCGAAGCCCCGGGCAGCCCGUGAUGGAGCUCAAGGCGCAUCGCUCACAAGUGAACGCGCUCGGCUGGAGUUCUACCGACUCACAGCUGCUCGCUACCGCAGGCGACGACAGCCAGCUGCUGCUCUGGGACCUCGCGCCGCACACGCAGGCCGCGGCGGCGUCUCCGCGGAAUGCGAGCACGGGCCUGAGCUCGCCGCGGCCGGACGUGAAGAAGCGGACGAUCACGGACCCGGUGAUGGCGUACACGGGCGCGGGAGAGAUCGCGAACCUGGCGUGGUCGCCGCACAUCGCAAGCAUGUCGAUGAACACGGGGCACACGACCGCGCCGGGCGAGUGGAUCGCGAUCGCGAUGGGCAAGUCUAUCAAGGCGCUCAAGGUGUAG